CUACAUACUCUUCACAAAUUCACAUUCCUCCUAUCCUAUAUAUCCUAUAUAAGCACACAUAUACCUCCUCCAUCGUCACGGCAACACCAUCUAUCAUAACUUGCCAAAUUCACUGCACCUCAAUUUGAUCCACCGACCAGUACUAGAACAGCUAAUCGAUGGCAGCUUCGUCGCGAAUGGGCGCGCUACUAGUUGUCUACCUCACUCUCAUGGCGGCGGCUCUCGGGGUCAGGGCGGAGCUCACCGCGGACUACUACAGCGAGACGUGCCCGCUCGCGCUGAGCACCAUCAAGGUCCUCGUCGGCACCGCCAUCGUGGGGGAGCCCAGGAUGGGGGCGUCGCUGGUCCGCCUACACUUCCACGACUGCUUCGUCAAUGGCUGCGACGGCUCCAUCCUGCUGGACGACACCGACGACAUGGUCGGCGAGAAGACGGCCAAGCCCAACAACAACUCCGUGAGAGGCUACGAGGUCAUCGACACCAUCAAGUCGGCGGUGAACACGGUAUGCUUGGGGAACGUCGUCUCCUGCGCCGAUAUCUUGGCUGUGGCCGCUCGCGAUUCCAUUGUCGCUCUGGGAGGAACCUCGUACGACGUGGUCCUCGGGCGGCGCGACGCGACGACGGCGAGCAUGGACGACGCGAACAACGUGAUCCCGAACCCGUUCAUGGACCUGCCGGCGCUGCAGGCGAGCUUCGAGUCCCUGGGCCUGUCCCUGCACGACCUGGUGGUGCUCUCCGGCGGCCACACGCUGGGCUACGCCCGCUGCCUCUUCUUCCGGGGCCGCCUGUACAACGAGACGGCGACGCUGGACCCGACCUACGCGGCGUCGCUGGACGAGCGGUGCCCGCUGUCGGGCGACGACGACGCGCUGUCGGCGCUGGACGACACCCCGACCACCGUCGACACGGACUACUACCAGGGCCUCAUUCAGGGCCGCGCGCUGCUGCACACGGACCAGCAGCUGUACCAGGGCGGCGGCGACGCCGGCGACCUGGUCAAGUACUACGCCGACAACCCCACCAAGUUCUGGGAGGACUUCGGCGCGGCCAUGGUGAAGCUGGGCAACCUAAGCCCGCUCACCGGCGACCAAGGAGAGGUCAGGGAGAACUGCCGGGUCGUCAACCAGGCGUGACGACCGAUCGUCGUCGAUCGGAUGAGCGAGGCAUCAUCUGCUUCGUUCCGUACGUACAGCGUCCUGAUACUGUCGCUGCUAGCUGCACCAGCAAGCUAUAAGCAGUAAGAUUCUGUAGCGUGUGUCUUUGUACUCGAGUUCCUCUUUAAUUCUGUGAGAAAUUGUUCCUGUGUUUAGUUAA